UCGAAUGUAGCUUUUGUUUAUUGACUUUGCCUGUUUGUCAUUUGCUUUUUAAAAUCAGUUUCGGCCACAACGCUCAUAAGAAGUUUGUAGUUGAUGUUGGUUUUGAUGUACAAAAGUUUUGUGAUUUUAAGGCCAGUACAAUUCAUUCCUCUGGCUUUCUGUUCAUCAACAGUCAUUCCAGUUCUUGAGCAUCUGAUAUCCAGCACAAUUCUUUAUGAUUUUCUCCACCACAACCCUUAUCUUCCUGCGCUUGAUCCCGCGCCUUAUACUUCUGCUUUUCGACUGUUGCUCUCCAGUUCUUCAACGUCUGUACAACGUCUUCAACGUCUUUUCAUCUUCUGCAUCAUCUUUCUUCUCUUUGCGAUUGACACGUUCAGAGAGGGCGGCAAGCUUCUUUUCUAACUCAAUUUGCUUUUUCAUUUCAUCACCAAACUGAAUUUAUUUUUAAUUUAUCAUGUAAAAUCUAUGUUUUUGUGAACAGGCAGGAUAAAGGUAAUAAAUUAAAGUGAAAUUUUUGAAAUUUUUUUGGAAAUUUUUAAAAUUUAAACAACUUGAAAUUAGAAAAAUAUUUCAUAAUUUCUGAUUGAUUUUAAAAAAUUUCAAAUAUCGAAUGACCUUAUUCAUUGAUAUGAGUGUAUUAUCAAAAAUUUUUCUUUCAUAAUUUAUUUUUAAAUCCAUUCGAGAGGCACAGAAAAGCCUACAGUUGCCAUAUCAACAUUCUUACUUGCCUCCACUUUGAUGUUAAGCUCGGAGACGCGGAAUGCCUCAUACUCUUCCAUUUCAUUACAUUUAGAAAAAAAUCCCCCAUCCUCGUCUCUAUGUGUGACACGCAACCCUGUUAUCUUUCCACUCUUAUUGCAAGUUGCGCAGCCAUCCAACAAAAUCAAAAUUACUUUCAAAUAAUAAUUAUUUAGAUUU